UUGUCAUCCAUGAUGGCAGUUGUGUGAUGUUUUGGUUUUUUUUCAUUAAAAUUCAUUUAAAUCAAAACUGUAACAGUGCGGCAAUGUCAUGUAUUCAUGGUAAAUUGAAAUAAAUUGGUGAAGUGCCGUUUAAUGUUUAGUAUGCCAGAUGGUGAAGACAGGACGUGGGGGUUCUAAAAUGCCGUGCGAGAGUUGCGCCGUACAAUUCAGUGUAUUUAAGCGAAAACGGGUUUGUUCUGAGUGCGAGCGAUAUUAUUGUGGAGGAUGUCUUCGUCGUGGCGGUGGCAUCAUGUGCGCACCAUGCCGAGUGUUGUCAACGCGGCCUCUCUCCCGGCAUGCCAUCACCCACCUGAAAGUUCGAGACUUGCAGUGCUUCUUACAACAUCAGAAUAUCUCUACGCGCGGCUGCGUCGAAAAAGAUGAGCUGGUGGGUCUGUGUGUAUCGCACGUGAACAGUUCGGCGUACCGGCGACGCAGCUCACGUGGCGGUGCCUUCAGCGGUCUCAAGGGCUUCACCAACAAUAUCAAUGACUUCCUCAACUCUGCCUUCGACAUUCGCACCACCCAGCGUGACCCCUCGCGAGACGUCCCUCCCCCUCGCAGUGAGAUACUGCUACUCUUCAGCAGCUGCUUCAACUCGACGCACGUGCACGUGACGACGUGUGCACCCGCCCACAACGCCCACACCGCAGACCAGUCCCACACCGCCCACAACGCAGACUACGCCCACCUAGCCGACCGCCGCUUCACGCCCACACCUGGUGGCGAGCGGGACGUGCGGCCCGUGGUGGCGGACCAGCCGCAGCCGCAGGGGGUGCAGGGGGCGCGCCGCGAGUCACAGGACUCCGCCCACGUCGACACCGCCGACUGUCUCGAAGUCGAGGACCUCGACGACGCCGGCUGGGAGUUCGUCACCACGCCUGCCGAGCCCCUGCCCAACGACUCGGAGGUGCUGCUUACGACCAGCGAUGGCAGUCGGCGGGCGGAGGCGGCGGCCGCUGCGCCGGCUAGCGAGGAGAGCUCGACGGGCGCUGAGCCCGAACAUGGCCCCCGGAGCUCCGGCAGUCUCGCGACGGCCGGCGGCGGCGCCAAGCGAGCCGCGCCCGCGCACGCGCACGCGUCGGUGGCGCAGGCCGAGGCGCCGGGCACGCCGCAGCGCGCCGCCUCCGAGCUGGAGCUGCACCGCGCGCCCGCCGACGACGGGGACACCGCCAGCCUGCGGGACGAGCCCAUGAUGGACCGCCAGCCAGAGAGUCCGGAACGGAUAAGCCUGGAGCGAAUGAGCGAGGCGGACCUGGAACGACUCAGCGUGCGCCAGCUGAAGCAGCUGCUGCACCGCAACCGCGUCGAGUUCCGCGGCUGCCUCGAGCGUGCCGACCUGCUGCAGCGCGCCCGCACCCUGCUGCGCGACCACCGCAACCUGCACAGAGACAUCGACAACCUGCCGACGGAGGAGUGCUGCAAGAUCUGCAUGGCGGCGCCGCUGGAGUGCGUGCUGCUGGAGUGCGGGCACAUCGCCGCCUGCACGCGCUGCGCCAAGCAGCUCGCGGAGUGCCCCAUCUGCCGGCAGUACGUCGUGCGCGCCGUGCGCUUCUUCCGCUCCUGAACA